AGAUCUUGAGGUAUGACAAAUGUAAACAAUCGAAUUUUAAUAAUUUAUGAAAAUAGGAAACAUUUUUAAUACUAUAUUUUUUUUAUCUAGCUCUGAAUACUCCAUAUCUGCUUUGAUUAAUAAUUUAAUUAGUGAUGUGUAGCUGUAAUCUAUUGUGUAGUCAAAUUUUAGCUGCUUUUAUGUCAACAUUAAUUUUAUUUCGCAAUAAUUGAUAAUUUACUAACUUUUCCUUUUAGGAACAAAGAUUUUUUAUAUUCUUAUUGUCACGCUUGACGGCUCUUUUGCAGUUGACGGGAAUAUAAUUGCUUUGGCAACUUUUUUUCAAAAUCUUUCUUUUACUAGACUCAAUUUAAAGAACAUCUAAAAUGAUUAACGUCCAUGGCUUACGUAGAAAUGUUAAGAAUGUAGUAAAGAAUUAUUCAGACGCUCAAGUAAAAGUGCGUGAAGCAACUUCUAAUGACCCUUGGGGACCGUCUGGCACUCUGAUGAGUGAAAUUGCCGACCUCACCUACAAUGUUGUGGCAUUUUCAGAAAUAAUGCAGGUCAUUUGGAAGCGAUUGAAUGAUCAUGGGAAGAACUGGAAACAUGUUUACAAGGCACUCGUUCUGCUGGAAUACCUGAUCAAGACAGGUUCGGAAAAGGUGACCCAACAGUGUAAGGAGAAUAUCUUUGCGAUUCAGACCCUAAAAGAUUUCCAGUACUUUGAGGAGAGUAAAGACCAGGGCAUCAAUGUUCGUGAAAAAGCAAAACAGCUGGUUGCCCUCCUGAAAGAUGAGGAGAGACUGAAGAAUGAAAGGGCUAGAGCUCUCAAAGCUCGGGAAAGAUUUGCGCGGUCUACUUCGUAUGUCAAACAACAAGACACCACUGUUCCAAAGCAAUUUGGGUCAUCUGACUUCAGUCAAGGUUCUUACGACGAGGACAUGCUCUCUCCUGGAGCUCUUUCCUUGUCUGAGCUCGAACACGCUCGUCCACAGACGGCAGGGGAAGAGGAAUUGCAGCUGCAGUUGGCUUUGGCGAUGAGCAAAGAGGAGGCGGAUCAGGCAGAGCGCAUCAAGAGGAAUGAUGACCUCAGGCUCCAGAUGGCUCUCUCUGAGAGUGAAGAGGAAUUUAAGAAGAAAGUGGAUACUCCGAACGAGAAGCAAUCGCAGCUGCAACAGUCUUCGUCUGCCAUGGAGGACUUGUUGGGGCUCAACUUGAACACGAAUCCUAACAGCAACUCACCCACGCCAUUGCUCGAUCCUUGGGGAUUGCCCAUUACCACCUCUAAAAAUACAGCUGAUCUCAACGUUUGGGAUUCUCCAGAUUCAUUACCUGAGAAAAAUCACAAUAUUGUGAAAAAUGAUCCAUGGAGUCCAUCUUUAGAAAAUACAAAUGGCAGUAUGAAUUCAAAUGAAGAUUUUACUGCAUUGCAAGAAAAUAUUAGCUCCUUUGAUAUGAUGAACAUGAGAAAGUCGAUAUCUGCCGAUGUGUCAUCAUCAUCCAAAGACGGUGUUAGAUCUUUAGAUGCUUUCUUAAGUGGUACUGAAUCUACACUAAUCAAUUUCGAUCCUUCGGCUCCUCGUUCUAGAACACUUGGCAAUCCUUUCCAGGCUGCUAGGCCUGCCCCUAUGACUAUAAAUGAAAUCAGGGCACAGAACACAGCCUUUCCGUUACCAUCCGAGAGCAGCACUCUGCCAACUUCCGCCAGCAUGCCUUUACAGAGUGCACUCUUUGCCACAAAUGCUCCACCACCAGUCAGUCAGAAUCCUUUUAUGUAAACUAGACUAGUCGCACCCUUGCGAAAGCUCGGUUUUGAAAGCUUUUAUUGAAAGUACACAAAUUUGAAAUAAAAAAGAACUUUAUUAGUGCAAAUUAAAAAGAAUAAUAUCACAAGUUUAGUUGUUUUAUUAGAUUAUAUUUAUGUAUAACUUAAUAGUAAUUAUAUAUGGGGCCUGGGGUUCCAAUUGCAAGGAUGAAAGCACUUACUAGCCGAUGUUUUCAAAUGGAAUUGUUUAGUUAGAAUACCUCACCAACACUAAAUUGUUACAAACUAUUUUGUUAUUGGUUUACACAAUAUAAAGUUGCAUUGAAUUUA